CUACACGCACGAUGUCCCAGACGAUUUGGAAGUAACGAACGCAACAGCCUGUGUAGCAUUUAAUCCUCCUAGCCCUGACUGAAAAUAUCGUCUCGUUUUAAAGUCGCGUUGAGGUCACAUCUGGACAUUUCUGGUUUCGAGAGUAGUUUUGCGCAUUGGCGUCAUGGAGUACACCUCUUCCCCAAAACCUCAGCUCUCAUCCAGGGCGAACGCUUUCUCAAUAGCCGCUCUCAUGUCAAGUGGGAAACCCAAGGACAAGGAUUCGGAAGAAAAUACGAUCAAACCGCUGGAACAAUUCGUGGAAAAGUCAUCAUGCAAUCAAAAUCUCGCGGACCUCCCGGUUCUGGAAACCCACGGCGACUUCAGCGGCAGUGCUCCUCCGUUAUGCACCGAGCCGUUAAUUCCUACGACCCCCGGCGUGCCCAGCGAGGAGAUGGCCAAAAUCUCAUGCAGCCUCGAGACUAAAGAGCUAUGGGAUAAAUUUCACGAUCUCGGCACGGAAAUGAUUAUCACAAAAUCUGGAAGACGAAUGUUUCCGACUAUUCGUGUAUCAUUUUCCGGAGUGGAUCCGGACGCCAAAUAUAUUGUAUUAAUGGACAUAGUUCCAGUGGACAAUAAGAGAUAUCGAUACGCGUACCACAGAUCAUCUUGGCUUGUAGCAGGAAAGGCAGAUCCACCUUUACCUGCUAGGUUGUACGUACAUCCAGAUUCGCCAUUUACUGGGGAACAGCUAUUAAAACAAAUGGUUUCUUUCGAAAAGGUGAAACUUACAAACAACGAAUUGGACCAGCACGGACAUAUCAUCCUUAACUCCAUGCACAAGUAUCAGCCCAGAGUUCAUAUCAUCAAGAAAAAAGAUCACACAGCCUCUCUACUUAAUCUGAAGUCUGAAGAGUUUCGAACAUUUGUCUUCACUGAAACUGUUUUCACUGCAGUCACUGCCUACCAGAAUCAGCUGAUUACUAAACUGAAAAUUGACAGCAACCCUUUUGCCAAAGGCUUCAGGGACUCCUCAAGGCUCACGGAUAUUGAGAGGGAAAGUGUUGAGAGCUUGAUCCACAAGCACUCUUACGCCCGGUCACCCAUUCGGACUUACGCCGGUGAUGAAGAGCCCUUGGGUGAAGAAGGUCACUCGGCACACAGCAGAGGUUCUGCAUUCACUGCUUCGGACAACCUCUCCCUCAGCUCCUGGGUCACCACCACAUCCGGUUUUUCGGGUUUUCAACACCCUCAAUCACUGUCUGCCAUCGGAACCAGCGCGGCCUCCCUUGCCAGUCCACUUUCUCACCCCAUCCAAGGUUCUCUACCUCCUUACGGUCGACUGGGCAUGCCUCUAACCCCCUCUGCCCUGGCCAGCUCCAUGCAGGGCAGCGGGCCGACCUUCCCCUCCUUUCACAUGCCACGGUACCACCACUAUUUCCAGCAAGGGCCCUACGCCGCCAUCCAGGGACUGCGUCAUUCCUCCACAGUCAUGACCCCGUUCGUAUGAUUCCUACUAUUUAAAAUCGAUAAAUUGCUGGCAUGUGAAGACACACGGCACCCGUAUACACGCAAAAAAACACACGCUUACACGAACGCAUCCUUGUUCUCGAUAUUUAUGAGGAAAGUCAUACAUGUAAAUAACAUUGACUGACACUACCUUACAACCCGGAGUCGUACAGGACAAGAAAAGCCAGAAUGGAUGUGGAUUUUUUUCUGAGCUGUAAACCUGAAUGUCAAGCAUGAGUUUUUAAAGCAUUGAUAUGACUCGGAGAUGGAAAAAUCUGUCUAUGUUUAUGCUACCUUUAAUGAUUCAUCUCAUGACUUGUUCACUCCUUAACUUUCACAAGAAAGGAAAAGGGGGCGGAGCUAAAUGAGGAAGAACCUUAUACAAAGCAAGGAUAAACACUGGACAACUGCUGUUUCCCUUAACAUCAAUCAACCUCCUUGAUGUGAUAUCUGUGGAGCGAUAUCCAAAUUGUUGACUCUAGGGGGCGCUCGGCUUUUAGAACUUUUCAGAGCAUCAUUGGACUGAACUUUCAUCUGUGGACUCAAAAAUGGUGGGCAUGCCAUUGUUGGUUUUAUCUGUAUAGUCAAAAUAUUUCAAAUGGUUUUCCAGACAUUUUGACUAUGGUUGUUUAGUUUGAUAGCACAAAUUUACUUAAUAUUCUGUUGAACUAAACAUAACAAGAUAAACUACGAAUGUCAAUGAUUUUGUUAAAAUAACAAACAUUUGACAGUGCGGUGAACUGCAACUGUGAACCAUCAACAAGCCAAAAUAAUACGGUGUACGUAUAAUACAUACACGCUUCAUUCUGUAAAUGUUUAGUUAGGGGUUGACACAGAUUGCGGGUUGUCAAAUUCGAAUGUGAUGUGUAACAGUGUAAUGAAAAAGAAAACAUCUCUUAAGGAUCUGAAAAUGGAUCUAUGUCUGCCCUAGGCUGCACUGUCGACAGCCAGCUUAGACGACGUCCACACCUGUAAAUAAUUGGUUAACUUUUGAAUAAUAGGCUUUUCCCCGGGGGAACAAGGGAAAUUAGGUGAUUUGUGGCUAAGGUGAUGCUGUUUAUACAGUCACACUGCCAACAAUUCAUCAACAUCCCAUAACUAAAUCGCAGAGGAACUGUUUUAGCGAUAAUGGACAGAUGAAGGAAAUAAAGUGUGGGUGUGUGCGUGUGAAAGUUAUUUGUAUAAAAUAAUAAUAAUAUUUACACUGAAACCCAUUUGAACCACAACAAUACACACUCAUGCUCAUGUUGGCACAAGUUUUUAUUUUAUUUUAUUGACAGUAUUUUCAAAACAAAGAUGGUGCCACAAAGUAAAAAUACUGACAGAUUUCAUGGUUACAGGGCUUGUUAUUCAGAUUUAAUGUGCAUAUGAAGUGUGAUGUUAUAAUGAGCCAUUAAGAUGAAACUGCAUCAUUUUAAAAGUCCCUGUCUUUUCAUGACCCACCAUUUCAAGCCUUUGAUUUGUUAUGAACAGACUAUACACAUGUAGUUGCAAUAUAUUAGCAAAUGUUUUCUUUUCUUUUUUUCUGUUUGUGUGUGUUUUCUAAUUCUAAUGUAACCUUGACCGUAAGGAGACAUCUAACAAUAUUUUGUUUCGAUGACUUUUUUUAAGUGCAAUAUAUUUAUUUCAGCUCUAUGAAAAUGAUAUGGCUAAUGUAAUAUUUGAAGCAAUGAUAGAUGUUAUUUGUAAACAAGGAGAAAUAUAUA